CUCCGCAGCUCCUUUUACCUCCAGAGUAGCUGUGGUAGUAGGGAAGACCCCCGUCCUUUUUGCGGGACAGUGGGUGACGCUGCGAGUGUCUGCGGUGCGCUUGUGAGCCCUCAGGGCUCUGUCGACUGGCGACUAGCUCUCAGAGCUUCCUCCGGGAAGGACAUCAAUGGAUAUUAUAAAGGGGAACUUAGAUGGAAUUUCAAGACCAGCCUCACAUUCAAGAACCCGUCCUGGGAGCAGAUGUUCGAGUGCUUCUUUGGAGGUGCUCUCACCAGAGCCUGUGUCCUUCAAGGUUGAUACUGCAAUCAAGUUGAACUCUGAUGAAGAGGGCCCCUCAUUAAGCAGUAAUCCAGAGGGAGGUAGAAGCUGUGAUGAUGAUAAAGGGGAAAACUACACCGAGAAAAUAAAACUGGCUGGAGAGGGGUCAGGUGAAGAUUUGAGCUGGGUUCAACAUCAAAUAGUCUCUAAAUGUUCAGAUGAACCCAAAUUAAAAGAAUUAGAUUCUCAACUUCAAGAUGCUAUUCAGAAGAUGAAGAAGCUUGAUAAAAUAUUGGUGAAGAAACAAUAUAGAGAAAAAGAAAUUAAGAAGCAAGGUCUAGAAAUGAGAAUAAAGCUAUGGGAAGACCUUAAGUCUGCAAAAAAUAGUGAAGCUUUGCCAAGUAAUGAGGAAAUGGAAAAUACAAAAAAGUUUCUAGCUUUGACUGCUGCAUCAGAAGAAACUGUUGAUCGUUCUCGCUAUGAACAUGAAGACACCUUUUUCUCAGUGUUUCACACUCAAGUCCCUCCAGAAGAAUAUGAAAACCAUAUACAGACUGUCAGUCAAGAUUUUACCUGUGAUGUGAAAAGAAAUGAGCCAUUGGUCCAAGCAGAAAAGGGACCUUUCUCAAAUACAGAAAAGAUUGAGCUCAGGGGUCAACACAACCGGGAUUUUAUUAAGCGAAAUAUUGAGUUGGCCAAGAAUUCAGGAAAACCAGUGGUUAUGAUUGAUAGAGAGAAGAAAAGGCUGGCUGAACUCUUGAAGGACUUAGAUGAUAGAGAUUCUGGGCUGUCCAGUUCUGAGGGUGAUCCGUCUGGCUGGCUGGUCCCAGGCGAAGGAUACACACUUGAAGCCACCCAGCACCAGCAGCUCGCUGAAAUCGAUGUAAAACUCCAAGAGCUCUCUGCAGCCUCCCUGACAAUGCCUGGCUUUUCUCCAAGACUUGAAAAUCAGAAUGAUCAGGAACCUGACCUUAAUGAUGAUGAUAGAAAUAUGGAAAUAACUCCAGGGGAUGAGGCACUUCGGAACACCAAAGAGCAACGGGAUCAGGAAAAUCGGUUGAAAGAGAUAGAUGCAAAGCUGAGAAAGAUGAAGGAAAAUGUGUUAGAUUCAACAUCACUUCUCUCUGAGGAACAGUUAAGGCAUCUUCUGGAUGAAUGCACAUUCAAACAAAAAUCCACAGUUGGACUUUCUUUGGAAAGAGAACAGAAAGAUAUUGAGAAUGUAACGCUUGAGUCUCCCCAGCUUUCCAGACCUAUCCCUUCUGAGGCACUGACUGAGUCAGAAACGGAAGCCGAAAGCACUGAGACUGGAGAUGCACAGGCGCCCGAGACUGCAGACUGCGGAGCCUCUCCAGGCUACUAUCUCAGCAAAGCCUUGUCUGGGCAGUAUGUGUCACAAGCUCUUGUCAUUGAAGCUGAGAAUGUGAAAGGCCUCCAGUUUUCCAAUGACAGGGUUAUUAGUGACACGAAGGACUAUUUUAUGUCAAAGACUCUUGGCAUUGGAGGACUGAAAAGGCCUUCUUUUUUGGACGAUCCACUGUAUGGCAUGGAUGUGAGCCUUUUAUCUGAAGACCAACACCUGGCUCUCAGCCCUUCAGAGAAACCAGAACCAGGUGCGGACGAGCAGGAGACUGGAGCUGUGAGAGAAGAACGUGAAGAACCUUAGGCAAAGCCUGGCUGAUGUGCGCUGGCAGAAAGUUGGUGAAUUAAGUUAAAUUAUACUUUUUCUGACUCUUUGAAUCCCUUGAAUGGAUUGUCAAGACCAUUUCUCAAAUAAUGACUUUAAUGUUCGGAUUCUCUCUUUCUGGAUUCCAGUUCCUUGAUAUUUGUGAGACUUUGGUAUUAUUGUUCAAUGGUUUUUCCUGGAAAAAAAUUUUUUUAUUGCUAAUCUUGCAACAUCAGGGAUAUAUAAUAGGAACCAACAUUUUCUGUAUAUGCGCUGUUUUAAAACUAGCUGACAUGCUGAUCGUUUGUACUUGAUUUUAUAUGUUACAACCUUAUUGUGAUUCAGAUUUAAUCACUGAAUUUUUGUUUGGCCCUGACUUUCCUUUUUCCUCCUCAAUUAAAUGCCUGUUAAGUACAAUUUGCCAUAGAAACACAUAAAUUUUCUCAACAAAGCAAUGUUAAAGCAGGUUUUACUAUCUUAUUAGCAAUGAUACUUUACUUACACAGAAGUUUGAAUUAUUUGAUAUAUUACUUUAAGUUUGUUAUCUUUUAGAGUUUGCCUUUUAGAAUGCAGCAAAUAAAGAUCAACUACUUAAAAAAA